UUUAUUAUUUGCGCAAUCAAAAAUAUUUUAAACAAUGCAUAUCUAUCAUAUAAUGCGAUAGGAGUUUCAUAUAAGUAUGAACACAUUUGUUUAGUGUUCGCGUAAUUAUUAGUUGAGAUUCAAGAUGAGAUUAAUUAAGUAUUUCGGUUUCUUGGUUUUAUUGGCACAAUAUCGUUGUUGCUAUGGAGAGAUGAGAAUCAUAGGUGGAACAAUAUUGAAUCCGCCGCAUUCGGUGCCCUCCUACGCUUUCAUCCAAAUUGGAAAUACCUGGUGCGGAGCUUCAUUGAUUUCCAGCAAAUACGUUUUAACUGCGGCUCAUUGCCUGUUGAACCGUACGGUCACAGCAACAAUUGGCCUAGGUUACCAUAGUUUAUUUGAUGAGAAUGAAGCGCCUCUCCACCAAAAGCGCAAUAGCUCUACGUUCAUAAUUCAUCCGGACUUUGACGAAGCUAAAUACGCUAAUGAUAUAGCAUUGAUAGAGAUCGACGAAGUCGAAAUAAACGAUUACGUCAAUUACAUACAAUUACCUUCGAAAUCGGAGGCCGACGUGUCGUUCGAAAAUGAAAUCGCAUCCGUCAUUGGGUUCGGGAUGACAGAGGAGCAGGAGAUGAAUGAAUACCUUUUGAUCAGUUCGAACAGCAUCUUGAGCAACAGAGUGUGUCGUUUGCACUAUUGGAAUAUUACGGAUAUAGAUGAUACUAAAAUCUGUAUGAACGGUGUUCAUGCUAAUAAGACAUUGACCGGUGGAUGCGAUGGAGAUUCCGGAGGACCGCUUUUGCACGAAAAUCGUCUGAUCGGUGUGUUAUCCUUCGCCGGGAAAGAUUGUGAACUAGGCUUACCGACUGUCUUCACACGUGCCACUAGUUAUUUGGAUUGGAUCGAAUCGAGCACCGAUAUUAAACUGAUAAUAUGCGAUUUGGUUGGAUUCGUUAAUCAUACAGUCGCAAUGUUUUCUAUACUCUGUUUCACGUGUCUGUGUGCACUUCCGAUCGCUGUUGGAAGACCUCGCAUCAUAGGAGGAAAAGAGGUUGUUCCGCAUUCUGUUAGAUCUUUCGCUUUGUUGGAGAUGCAAGGCUCAUUGUGCGGUGGGUCUCUGAUCUCUCCGUCUUACGUAUUAACCGCAGCGCACUGCGUCAACAGGACGAAUUCUGUGACGGUUUUCUUGGGUUACCAUAGCUUGUUUGUGCAGGACGACCGUCAUCAGGUACACACCAGCAACAUAAUUAUAAUACACGAAGGUUUCAAUUACAAUACGUGCGAGAAUGACAUAGCCCUUGUUCGACUGUCGCAGGAAAUCCGGUAUACGAAUUACGUGGAUGCAAUUCAACUUCCUAAAUUCAGCGAGAUGGAAUAUUCGCUCGAUGGUAAAACGGGAUUCAUGUUGGGUUUCGGGAAGACUUCGGAUGAUACUCAGGAUGAGGUGAGCGAGGUGCUGAUGGCGGUGGAAAGCCAGGUGCUUUCCAAUCGGCAAUGCAAGGUGGAAUACAGAUUGCACUCGGAUAUACGGAAAACGCAGAUUUGCCUUUUGGGUAAUAAAGGGAAAAAACUGCUCGGUGGUUGCGACAACGAUUCCGGAGGUCCACUGAUUGUUGACAACAAAUUGGUAGGAAUCUUCUCGUUUACCACGAAGAGAUGCGAAAUGGGAUUUCCAAGCGUCUUCACGCGCGUUGGCCAUUACCUAAAUUGGAUUAAAUACCAUUCAGAUGCUGAAAUCCAUUAAAUUUACAAUUUCCAUUUUAAUAUUUGGUGGAUGCGCCGGUUAAAUUUGAUACAACAAAUUUAGAUCUAAGAUUC